UGCGCGCGGGAGCCGGGAGUAGGGGGUGGCUCCGGGUUAAUUAGAAGAUCUGGGGGCCCGGGCCGCCUCCCGACGUCCAUCUGCCCGCGCCUCUCGCCCCGUAGAUUCGGAGGAGCGGCGCCGACUUCGGUCUCCAGCGGCUCCGGACAACCAAAGCGGCGGCGGCGGCCGGGAUGGCCUUGCUGGGCUUACUGCAGGCGGGCGGGUCGGUGCUGGGGCAGGCGAUGGAGAAGGUGACGGGCGGCCACCUUCUAUCCAUGCUACUGAUCGCCUGCGCCUUCACGCUCAGCCUGGUCUACCUGCUCCGCCUUGCCACCGGCCACUUCGCACCGCUGCCGGCCGGGGCGAAAAGUCCACCAUACAUUUUCUCUCCAAUUCCAUUCCUUGGGCAUGCCAUAGCAUUUGGGAAAAGUCCAAUUGAAUUCCUGGAAAAUGCAUAUGAGAAGUAUGGACCUGUGUUUAGUUUCACAAUGGUGGGCAAGACAUUCACUUACCUUCUGGGGAGUGAUGCUGCUGCACUGCUUUUUAAUAGUAAAAAUGAAGACCUGAAUGCAGAAGAUGUCUACAGCCGUCUGACAACACCUGUGUUUGGAAAGGGAGUUGCAUAUGAUGUGCCUAAUCCAGUUUUCUUGGAGCAGAAGAAAAUGUUAAAAAGUGGCCUUAACAUAGCACACUUUAGACAGCAUGUUUCUAUAAUUGAAAAUGAAACAAAGGAAUAUUUUCAAAGUUGGGGAGAAAGUGGAGAAAAAAAUUUGUUUGAAGCUCUUUCUGAGCUCAUAAUUUUAACAGCUAGCCAUUGUUUACAUGGAAAGGAAAUCAGAAGUCAACUCAAUGAGAAGGUGGCACAGCUGUAUGCAGAUUUGGAUGGAGGUUUUAGCCAUGCAGCCUGGCUGUUGCCAGGUUGGCUCCCUUUGCCUAGUUUCAGACGCAGAGACAGAGCUCAUCGAGAGAUCAAGAGUAUUUUUUAUAAGGCAAUCCAGAAACGCAGACAGUCAGAAGAAAAAAUUGAUGACAUUCUCCAAACUUUAUUAGAUUCUACUUACAAGGAUGGGCAUCCUUUGACGGAUGACGAAGUAGCAGGCAUGCUCAUUGGACUGCUCUUGGCAGGGCAGCACACAUCCUCAACUACUAGUGCCUGGAUGGGCUUCUUUUUGGCCAGAGACAAGACACUUCAAGAAAAAUGUUAUUUAGAACAGAAAGCAGUCUGUGGAGAAAAUCUGCCUCCUUUAACUUAUGACCAGCUUAAGGAUCUAAAUUUACUUGAUCGCUGUAUAAAAGAAACGUUAAGACUUCGACCUCCUAUAAUGACUAUGAUGAGAAUGGCCAAAACUCCUCAGAUUGUGGCAGGGUAUACCAUUCCUCCAGGACAUCAGGUGUGUGUUUCUCCCACUGUCAAUCAAAGACUUAAAGACUCAUGGAGUGAACGUCUGCACUUUAAUCCUGAUCGCUACUUACAGGACAAUCCAGCAUCAGGAGAGAAAUUUGCCUAUGUGCCAUUUGGAGCUGGGCGUCAUCGUUGUAUUGGGGAGAAUUUUGCUUAUGUGCAAAUCAAGACAAUUUGGUCCACUAUGCUUCGUUUAUAUGAAUUUGAUCUCAUUGAUGGAUAUUUUCCCACUGUGAAUUAUACAACCAUGAUUCACACCCCUGAAAACCCAAUUAUCCGAUACAAACGAAGAUCAAAAUGAAAAAUGCUGCAAGGAAUACCUGAAACAUCACUGUAAACAGCAAAAGCAUUUGAAGAGAAUGAAGUUGAUGAAACAACUUACUCUCUUUUGAGUGUGUUACUUUAAAAGACAGCCAACUUAACGGUUUUUAUAUUUUAACUGAAUGGUUCCAUAAAAUUUAAUGGCAUUUCAGGCAUUUCUUAAUACUUUUAUGAUGGAUAUUUCUUACAUAUGCUUUAUUUAAGGAAAUCAAGCUACUUAGUAAAAAGUUGUUUAGGGGACCUUGGUUAUUGGCAGAUUCUAAAUAACACAAUUUCCAGGUAUUUAUUUUAAGAGCAUACCUAGCUCUUGGUAAGUUAAGUUCAGGAUAUUCAAAUCUUGGACUAGAUCUGCAAGUAUAAAAGCCAAAUGAGAUACUUGGAAGCCUUAGGUUAUUUAUUCAUUUCCUGUGUAAUGUUUGGGUGUGUGAGGAUAGGUAAGUAGGGGAUAAACUCACAUUUAAAGCCUUGGAUGAUGAAAAAGAAUCCUGUUGUUUUGGUAUGAUGAAAAUUAGCAGUGAUGGAGCUUUGUUGUAGAAAAAGAUGUCUUUAGGAAGUACUGUCUUUUAGGAAAUUGAGGGAUAUGUAUGGUAAUUACGUUUCCUAAAAAAGAAUAUAAUUAUUCUAAAGACUGCUUGCAUUAACUUGAUCUAAUUACUAAAUAUUUCAUUUACUUGAUAAAUUUGUAUCUGGUUCUACAUGGUCACACAUCUGUGUGAAAAUCCAAAAUAAAGUCCCUAAGGGAUAAUUUUUGUUCUCUUUGG